GCUACUGAUUCUUCUUCCCCAUAACUUACCUGGUAUGGAUCGGGAUCACUCCUCUGGCAAUCGUGCAUUCUACUUGUUUAUUUAUGAAUUUUGCCUUUUUCCGGUAGAGGUAUACUCUUUGAGAACUUACUUCACUCAUCCCUGUGCGUGAAUUUCUUGCUGUCUUUGAUCUUUAGCUGUUGAGUGGCUUGCAUAGAAAGCAAGCAGUUCAAAUUGCAAAUUCAGUUGCAUUAAGUUGUACGUAUUCUUCGAUUUAGCUUUGGAGAGGAGCACGGAUAGAUCUGGAAAUUUGAGAUGGAUGUGCAUUUGAAGAACUUGUUCUCUAGGUUUCAAGAGCAAUUCGGGUCGGGUCCUGGACUGGGUCCUGGAUCUGGAACAUGCCUGAUGAAGGUGGAUGGGAUCGGCCCCCCUUUCAUCAGAUCACUAUAUAAAGCAGCUGCAUCUCUGUACAGGACCGAUCCAUGGCAGCGCCUGCGCCCCGGGCACCUUUUUGGGGUGAAGGUUGGGAAGGACAGGGAUUGGUAUGGGAGGAGGCAGCCAUUCCCAUGUGUUCAGUUCAUCGGUGGAGAUGGUGGGACUUUGGGGAUUCAUAUGUUCAGGUCGCCGGACGAUGCAAAGAAGGCGACCGGACCUCGGGAGACACUCAGAGUUCCCAACGUUGAGCUUCUGAGGGUGACUUAUGAACUGGAAUCUGUAAUGCUUGCACCCCAAAAAAGACUGAUGAAUUUGCUGGCAUUGGAGAGGUCCGGCGACGAUCGAUAUCCUAUUUUCGACGUUGCACGGUGCACGCCGUCCGGUGGGCUGGGGUUUAGGAAUCCUACUGGCGAGGAGCUUAGGUUUGCUUGCGCUGUCAUGAAGGCUGUUUCGUUAGUGCAUCCACUCCUCGUCCAUGGCAUCCAAGCAGGUCCUAAGUAUCCUUUAUCGGCAUCAUUCGAGCCAUUUAUUGAGACUGUGGAUGUUCAAUGGCCAAUGGAGAUGGUGAUCAAAGGGAAUGACCUCGUCCCUGUUACGAUAUCACAUCCUCCUAAUCAGGGAUACGAGGAGAAGAACAGAUCGGCUGCAGAGAAUUCAGAACAGCCGCCGGAGGAGGGGAGUUUUUGUUGA